AUGUCGUACAACCAGCGCGAGACUCCGAUCCUCGCCGAGCUCUGCACCUUCCUGGUCGAGGAUGUCUACGGCGAACUCGCAGCGCGCGUCUACUCCGUCCUGGCUCGCCAUGGACGCCAGACCCUCGCCGCCGUCGCCCGCGCCUCCUACCUGAACGCCCGCCAGAUCAAGUACGGCCUCGUCAUCCUGCUGCAGCAGCACCUCGUCUUCCACUCGGGCACCGACGCCCAGCCCACCUACUACGAGAUCGACUGGCUGAACUCGUACGCCCUCGUCCGCCUCGGCAAGGUCACCAAGCUCGUCGAGGACCGCUUCGGCACAAAGGCCGCCAACGUCAUGACCAACCUCUUGCGCCUCGGCCACACGCGCAUCGCAGACCUCAAGGAAGCCUACUUCCCCACCACCGCCGACACCGACGACGCGGACGACUCGGACGACGGACUGGCAAACGGCGCGGGUACCAAGAGGAAGAGGGGGUCUGCCAACGACACCAACGGCUCUGCCCAGACCAACGGCUCUGCCCAGACCAACGGCCUCGUCAAGGCCGCUUCGUCCGAGGCGAACGGUGUCAAACCGGGCCUGAACGGCGCAACCAACGGCGCAACCAACGCCGGACCGGGCGACCAGCAAGAGCAUGAGCACGCAGACCAAGACGGCGAGAUCGCGUCAGCCGACGAGCUGUACGACAUCAUCGAGCGACUCAUUCAGCGCGGCUGGGUCAGAACAAUGACAGAGUCCCAGUACCUGUCGCCAGGAGACAUGCACGACAGGCUCCAGCAAGAGACCAUCGAUCAGGACCUCGCAGGCCAGCAGCCGACCGGCACAAAAGACAAGGCGCUGUGCCACAGAAACACGCUCGAGCGCAAACGAAACAUGCGCGACAAGUGGCUCCACGUCCCGAGAUUCUCAAAACGGCGGCAGCCAGACCAGGACUACACCAACCCGACCAAGCGCGUAAAAACCAACGGUGCAAACGGGUACGCAACCGCGGGCGCUGCGCCACCAGAAGACAAGCUGGUCAUUCGCGUGAAUCCAGAGAAGAUUGCCGUCGCCAUGCGCACAGAACAGCUGGUGCAGCUGGUCGAGCAGCGCUUGGGGCCCGUCACGGCUCACAUCUACCAGACCAUGCUCCGCAUCCUGGAAGCCAACACCCCACGCUGCUACGAGGAGUACCCAGAACCGCCAACAGCCGGCGACGAAGGCGCAGACAACCAGAUCGACGCCAAGAACCUCGUCACCGCCCGAGACGUGGCCAAGAAGAUCGGCCGCGACGUCGACAUCUGCGAGGGCCUGGAUCCGAAUGCAGUCGUUCAGAUCACCAGAAGAGGCCAUGUCCGCAGCGCUAACGUUCUCAGCCAGCCCACCGAUCCCACCACCCUCAGCAUAGACGAGAAGACUAGACUGGUCGACAAACACAUCCAGCUGCUCUCCGAAGACCCCACCCAUUUCGUCACCUGGCACUCACGCGCAGGCUUCUCGCAGUGGCAUAUAGAGUUUGAGGAGAUUGCCAAACAGCUCAUCCAGACCGAGGUUGAAAACACAAUCUCGGCGAGAAAGGGCACGCUGGGCGUCAAACUCAUCCGCGCGCUGAGGAAGAAAGGCAAGCUCGACGAGCGCGCAACAUGCAAUGCCAUGAUGAUGUCUGCAAACGACAUCCGCGGCAUCGUGAACGAUCUCACCGUACAGGGUCUCGUUCAGACCCAGGAGAUUCCCAAGGUGGAGAGGCGAGAAGCAAAGCACUCCCUCCACCUGAUUUGGUACGACCGGCAGCGCGCACGAGAGAAGCUCCUCCACGACACCUACAAGGGCAUGGUGCGCAUACUGCAGCGCAUCCAGUUCGAGCGCGAAAAAGUCCAGCCGCUCCUCAGCAAAGCCGAGCGCUCCGACGUGGUCGGUAACGAGGAAAAAUGGCUCAGCCAAGCCGAGCUGGACGCGCUGCGGAAGUGGAAAGAAGUGCAGGAGAAGCUCUCCCUGCAGCUCUUCCGCGAAGACGAUCUCGUCGCCACCCUGCGCGACUUCCACGGCCCUCUGGUCUCGGUGUAA